CUCACAAUUUAAGUAAAUAUCAAAAUUUAGGUGAAUUUCACAUUAUUAGUUUGAGCAAUAUGUGGCUACUAUCCCAUCCAAUGCGUUGCAAUGCGCGCCUAGUUGAAAAGUCCACUUCUGGCGACCUCUUCUCGAUUGUCCUUGUUAUUGAUGGUGCCUAUUUCCAAAGGCACUUUCUUUGGGUUGUGUUCCAGCAAGGAGGCUAGGAGGAACCAUUGGCCAUCAUCGGACAAGCUCAGCUGAGAUCGAGACGAGGCCACGGCCAUGUCCAUAAGAAGAGCCAUGAAACCACGCCAAGAAGCAUCAGACCAGAGGAGGAAGGGGAAGUCCAGCGGUCGUGGAUAGAAAUUGAGGUAUGCAGCGACCGGUUUGGGCUUGCACCAUCAAAGUUUCGGUCGCGGCAAUGUCAGAAGACCAUGCACCUCGUCUUCCCUUCUCGUUCGCCCGAGAACCCCUCUCCCUUUUCCCGGGAAGACUCUUUCACACAUCUAAUGCAAUGUACUACAGUGACUUGUUUUGCUAGCCCAUAAAGCCUAAGGUCAAGCGAGAAAAGAUACGGCGAAGCGCAAAUAAAAUAUCUGCGAAAAUCUUGCGUCAACUACUU